GUGACAAUUACGUAAUUGGCUGCUCGGUAGGCUAAGCAUUUUGCGAGCCGAAGAUCAUAAUUUUGGAAUCUUCAGCUUUCAACAAUCGCGAGGGACACGAUGCUCAGAGCCAUCGCGUUGAGAUUGGGACGAGCGGCAGGUCCGUCUUCUCUGUCCUGUCAGCGGGCUGCUUCUAUAUCACAUCGGAAUGAACCCCCAGCUCUCACCCGUGGUGUAUCACUGUGGAGCAGUGAGCAUGCAGAUCGCGAACACCCUCCUCACUUGGACUUCGGUUUUCGGCGACAGUCUGAACAACGAGGUCCCGACUUCGGCGAGAACAGGCGCCAUGGAGGAUCAGCUAUGGGAGGGUCGAGUGGUAAGGCAAGAUUCGGUAUACGAAACACUUCCGAAGUCGACCAAGGCUUGAAAGUCGAGGACACUUGGAUUCAUGCGACCGAAAGAGGUUCCGACCAGCCUAUGUACGGUCGAAUCAUACCUCCGAGCCAAUAUCGAUCAGGUGCUUUUGGCGGUGGCGCCUCGAGCUCGAGAGACAGACAGGGAAGAUUCGCCUCUCGGCGCGAUCUCCCUCCUGCCAAUGGUCAGCCCCUAUCUCCUAUCAGCCGAGAUAUUCAUCCGGAAAUCUCUGUUCACCCAAAGACUGAGUCUACAGAAUUUUCAGGGGAUCAAGAACUUUCGACGCAGGAUUCAGAUCCUCGUCAAUUGCUUGACAGCGAAAGACAGGGCGGUGGUACGACAAAAGAUGGGACCUCGUCUCCAAGUGAUGACUCGCCGGACGAAUUCUUCGACGGCUUUGCAAGUCACACUGCCGAGCCUUUGAACUCUCCUCCGCCGCAGGAUUUCGCAUUCCCAAAGUCGACCGGGGCCCGGCCUUUUGCAAAGUACGUGCUCCCACAAGAGUCGGGUGUGGCAAUUGUCAAGCAGUUACUGGAGGAGCACGGGUUUUUGCACACCCAAGAGAUCUGGAACAAAGGCACCGGUGGUCGUGAACGGCCAAUCCCAGACGCUUUUGAAUUUCAACCGGAUGGACGUAUACGGAUGAAGCGCGUUUCAACACUAAGAGAAGGUAGACGGCCGUGGAUCCCUCCGCGUCAACCUCCAUUCCCUGAUCACCCUUUCAGAUCAGUUAGCUUCCUGAAGUCUACUCUGCUCCAUUCAUUGGAAGAACAGGGUCUCAUCCACAAAUGUAUGGAACAGCGACCGUUCGCAAAUGAUGAGGAGCACCUCGAAGCGAUCCUGAAGGCAGAGUCGAUAAAUCGCCAGCGCGAAAAGAGAGUGAUGUGGGAACGAGAGAGGCAUGGCAAGGCUCUUGAUUUUCCUGAACCGGUUGAACCACCAUCUCACGCCUUGGUUUAUGGUUGGCGAUUAGGUUCUGAAAAUAAGCCUGACGAAGUGGAUGAAAAAGCUUGGGAGAGGGCCAUCAGGGGAGAGCGAGCACAUCACGAGCAAAAGGCUCGAGAAGCCAUCCAGGCCGCAAACCGACAAUUAAUCCGACGAGUCCAGGGUAGAGAGGCCAAGGAGCAGCGGAGAAAGUGGAGGGCAGAAGAUGCAGAGCUCGGCAUCGCGCUCCACGUGAAGCGGGAGAAGAGGCGACUCGAAGCGAUGGAAUCCAUCGGACAUUAUGCGGACAGCACUGGAAACGACGUCAGUGGUUGGAUCCAGGAGAUGAGUCAGGAGUUGGGCGAAGUAAGUCCUUGGAGACCCACUCAUUUGCAACCUGGUGGAGUCGUCGCCAGGAAGGGAAGAACGGCUGGUAUGAAGCCAGACGGCUUUCCAAUCAAUUAGAUAUAAUUGCUCAUGCUACAUUGUACAAUUAUGGCAAA